AGCCCCGAAGUCCUUAGAGAGGAGGCAUCCCGGAGUUCCAUGCAUAUUGAUUUGGGAAUGUUGAUGGAUGGAGAGAGAUUGGGAGGCGAGGAAGGAGGAGAGGCCGUGGAGGAAGAGAACGCCCCUGACGAGUCGGUGUCCCCGGAGGAGGUCGACGUGCUUCAAGAGAUUGUCGCUGUGAUCGAGUCCGCGGCACAGCUUGGGGAUUACCGCCGGACUCAGAGGAAGGAGUGUUACAACCUCGUGAGGCGGCUGAAGCUCUUGUUGCCUCUCAUCGAAGAGAUCCGAGAUCUUGACGACGCAAUCUCGGAGACGGGCAUCAAGUCUCUUUGGAAUUUGAAGAAGGCGAUCAGCUUGGCGAAGAGGCUCUUGAAAAUUUGCAAUGAAGGGAGCAAAAUAUACCUGGCAUUGGAGACCGAGGUGGUUAAGGUUAAAUUUCAUAAGGUUUACGAAAGAUUGACUCAAGCUCUCGACGCUUUGCCUUACGAUCAGUUCGGGAUCUCCGAUGAAGUUAAUGAACAGAUGCAGUUGAUGAUCAUGCAACUUAGAAGGGCAAGGAGAAGGACGGAUACGCAAGACAUCGAGCUCGCGAUGGAUUUGAUGGUCGUGUUCUCCAAAAAUGACGACCGCAAUGCAGACAGUGCGAUCGUCGAAAGGCUUGCAAAGAAGCUGGAUCUGCACACGCCGGAGGACUUGAAGAACGAGACUCUAGCCGUGAGGAAGAUCGUGAAAGAGAGGGGGGGCCUGACCACGGAGAGCAUCCAGCAAAUCAUCGAUCUCCUAAACAAGUUCAAACAAAUUGCUGGCGUCGAAGUCACCAACAUCCUCGAGGAACCAACCAUGCCUUACAAGAUGCUCGAGAAAUUACCAUCCUUGGUGAUCCCUCACGAGUUCCUCUGUCCGAUCACGCUCGAGAUCAUGACUGAUCCCGUCAUUGUUGCCUCCGGACAGACCUACGAGAGAGAGAGCAUACAGAAGUGGUUGGAUUCAAAUCAUCGGACCUGUCCCAAAACUAGGCAAACUCUGGCUCACCUGUCAUUGGCACCGAAUUAUGCCCUCAAGAACCUUAUCCUCCAGUGGUGCGGGAAGAACAACUUCCAGCUCCCCGAGAAACAUGUCCUCGUGGAGCCCGAUAACUCCUUCCCCGAACAGAGAGAAGAGAUUCAAUCCCUGAUCGAGGUCUUGUCAUUCGGCCAAUUGGAGGAUCAGCGGAAGGCUGUCAUCAAGAUACGUAUGCUCUCGAAGGAGAACCCCGAGAACCGAAUCCUAAUCGCUGAAUCCUUGGGAAUCCCACCAUUAGUGCAUCUCUUAUCUUAUCCGGACUCGAAAAUCCAAGAGCAUGCCGUGACGGCUCUCUUGAACCUAUCCAUUGAUGAGGCCAACAAGAAAAGUAUUGCUAAAGAGGGUGCAAUUCCGGCCAUUAUAGACAUAUUGCGCAAGGGGACGACCGAGGCUAGAGAGAACUCGGCAGCUUGUCUGUUUAGCUUAUCUAUGGUAGACGAAAACAAGAUCACAGUGGGAUUAUCAAACGGCAUACCUCCUCUUGUAGAACUAUUGCAGGAUGGGACAAUUAGAGGCAAGAAAGAUGCUGCAACUGCAUUGUUUAACUUGUCUCUCAACCAAAUGAAUAAGGUCAGGGCCAUCGAGGCCGGGAUCGUGCCACCUUUGCUCCAAUUACUCAAGGACCGGAAUUUAGGGAUGGUUGACGAGGCCCUCUCAAUUUUGUUGCUUCUUGCAUCGCAUCCAAGUGGACGCCAGGAGAUUGGGCAGCUCUCCUUCAUCGAGACCCUAGUUGAGUUCAUCAAGGAUGGAACUCCGAAGAACAAAGAGUGUGCAACCUCAGUUCUUCUUGAACUGGGUUCGAACAACUCGAAUUUCUUGUUGUCGGCGCUCCAGUUUGGCGUCUACGAACAUUUGAUUGAGAUUGCAAGGAGCGGCACGAGCAGAGCUCAGAGGAAGGCAAAUUCAGUACAACAGCUUAUGAGAAAGUAUGAACAGAUUCCUUGAAGUGUCGAAAUUCGAUAUUCCGGUUCUGCAAACGUUCUUUUUAACUGGGUUACGAUCGAAAGUAGCGUUCCGAUAGAGUGGGACUUGAGAGGAGGAUGGUGUUCAUGAGUAUGAGCAAGCAAAUGCAUGUGAUUGUCGUUAUUUGCUAAUUGGAAACCGCGUACAUUAUCUAUCAGUAGUACCCUUUCUCUCUUUGGGAUCUGUUCCCAAAUCCUAAGCCUUGCUUUCUUCUGUAAAUUUGUUCUUCAAAUAGUUUCAUUUCUAAUCAUUUUUGUUUA